UGCUUUUCUCGGGCUAACAGUUUAUUGCGAGGUGCUUACUGCGAAGGGGAAGCACAUGUCCAUUUUCAUCUUGAAACAGAUUCUGCGAGUUAUUAGAUAAUGUUCACGUUAGGGGUCUUAUUCAUCUUGGCUGCCAUCGUGGUUCUCGCCCAGAGUAUUCCCUUUCUCGAGGAGAGCAACACGGUGUCCGAAUGUCUGGCCUCCAAUAAUAUCAGCCAGGCCGAGUUCCAGGAACUCAUAGAGCGCAGCUCUGAAGAGGAUGAUCUCGAGAACACCGAGAAAAGAUACAAAUGUUUCGUCCACUGCCUGGCUAAGAAGGGAAAUCUUCUGGACUCAAAUGGCUACUUGGAUGUGGAAAAGAUUGACCAACUCGAACCUGUGACCGCUGAUCUCCGCGAAGUUCUCUACGACUGCAAGAAAAUGCACGAUGAUGAGCAAGAUUUGUGUGAAUAUGCUUUUAAGAUGGUGACUUGUCUGACGGAUAACUUGGAGCAGAGCGACGAGGUCACCGAAGCGGAGAAAAAUACAAACAAAUUAAAUGAAUAAUCGAGCAAAAACUGGUUAAGCAACUUAAAAGCAAUUGUUUUGCGCCAGUGGGAAAUUCACAA